UCUGCAAAAAAUAACGAAUUUCCAAGCUUAAAAUUCUGUUUGUGAGCUGCUAACAGCAGGUGGAAGCUAAAGAUUACAGUGUUGAGUAAACCCAUUGUACAAUCUGCAGGCUAAAUAAAAUCAUUUAAAAUUCUGGGUUAAUUUUGAACAAGUUGAGCAGCAAAAACUGGCACCUCUUCAUUUCCCAGAAACAAUGAUAAAGCAAUUUAAAACUGGUGAGAAAAUAUAAACCUAAAGAAUUGUUACAGUAUCUGUGAAAGUCCAUCUCAUUUCACAACAAGCCUUUCAGACUCUACAUACAGUGGUCAUUUAAUUCAUUGUUAAUGUAAAAAUACACUUGUGCAGCCUUAAAUGAUGAGAUUAGUUAUACACAAAGUAACAAAACCAAUUUUUAUAUCUUUCACAGAUUCGUUCAUCACUUGUAAUAGUAGUUCGGCUACAGUGUCUGUGUCACGCUGCCAACUGUUUGAAGACGGCUUCCCCCCUAGCACCCUCCAUCUCCAAGAUGACACCUGUAAAGGGACUGUCCAGGACGGACGAGUGUUGUUUCAGUUUGACAAUGACGACCGGCUGUGUGGGACAAUUCUCAGGAGCAACGGAACUCAUUUCAUCUAUGAGAACAGCAUUCAGGACAGUGUGGGCCCUUCUGAAGGUCAAAUCAGUCGCCAGAGGAACUUCCGUCUGCGUUUCUGCUGUGAAUAUCCUCUGUCUCAGGCUCUGUCUAUGGAUGUGGGCAUCAACCCUGUAGAGAGGUGACACUACCUUUUAUAGUGAAUAUCUGCCUGUAGUGAUAUAUCACAGUGUAUAUGCUGGUGGGCUUUCCAUAUUUACUUCCAAUAUCAGUAUAGUAAACAGUGCUACUUCAGACCUUAAUCGAGUACAUUUUUGUAUGGCAGUGAUGCUGUUUGAUGACAGUGGUAAUUCUAACAACAUCAUUAUGAAACACAAGACCCUAAUAUUUGAUAUAAAUAGUAUCCAGAGGUUUCAUGUGUGGGCCCUUGACUCUUGCAUACUUUAGAUGUAGUGAAAUGUUUUGGCCAUUCAGAGCCAUUUUUAAAAUACUAACAGGGUCUGGUAUUUUGUAAUGAGGAAAUGUCAACCAGGACA